AUGGGAAGUGAGAACCAUAUCCAAGUAGUUCAAUACACUGGAUUUGUUUCUGCACAAAUAAUAAAUGCUCUCCUAUUAUAUCUAUUAUUGAGUAGAGCAUCGAAAAACUUUGGUCGAUAUCGAAUUUUAAUGAUAUUAUUCUCAAUUGUUGCAAUGCUAUAUUCUUUGCUUGACAUUUUGACUUUUCCGGUAGGGUAUUUUAUAAAUAUAGUUGUUUUUGCGUGCAAGGACAGGUCGUUUAUCGUUUGCUCGAAUGGACCAUUCACCAAUCAGAGAAACAUUGGAGUUCCUCUAACAUCUCUAACCUGCGGUGUAUUUUGACUGUGUCUUUCCGUUCUGGCUUUACAGUUCUUUUAUCGAUACAUCGCGAUUUGCAGGUCAGAAAAAUUAUAUUAUUUUGAUGGUUCUAAGAUGUUAAUUGUCAUGCUUCCCUGUGUCUUAAUUGUAAAUAUUUGGACAUCUGACGUGUAUUUCUUGAUGUAUCCAACUGCAGAAACAGAGCAGCACUACCAUAAAAUAUUAUUGGAUAGUUUUAACCUGGAUUCCCAUAAUAUAUCAUUCAUAUCAAUGAUAUAUAAAUCACGGGACCCUAUUACUGGUACGGAGUUUUGGAAUUUAUCUCAAGUGGUUGGAUUUGGAAUUUGCUGUAUGGUUAUGAGUGUCUGCUUCUCAACAAUUUCAUUUUGUGGCGUUAAAACACUACUUCGAAUGAAUAGCAGUAGUGCACAAAUGAGCCAACGGACAAGAGAGCUUAAUCGACAGCUUUUCUUGACAUUGGGGCUCCAGACCUUGCUCCCAGUGGUGACAAUGUACCUCCCCGUUGGUAGUCUUAUUGUAUUUCCGUUUCUCGGAAUUGAUUUGGGCGUUUAUGCCAAUAAAGUUGGAGCAUUCAUUGGUGUAUACCCUGCUCUUGAUCCAUUUAUUGCAAUCAUGCUAAUUAAAGAUUUUCGAAACUUUUUGCUUUGCCGAAAACCCGUCAGUAGUAAAGUUUCCGCAUCUGGAGCAUGCCACAGCAAUGGACGUCUUCAAUCGUAUACACAAGGGGCUUGAGU